CUACAAAAGGAGAAAAAAAAACAUGCGUCCUCAUAAAAUUCGGCAACUCCCAUCCGUUCGGCGACGGGGAGAGAGAACUCGCUCCACUUGACGGCAGACAGGUCUAGAGUAAGGUGGUUCGUCGAGCUGGUUCCUCGCUGCACAGAUAAAAUGAAGGUCAAUCUUCUUUUACUUCUAGUUCUAUCAGUCAGUGCCCAAGUACAUUUUCCCGGCGAUUUCCCGGAGCAGCCGACUGACGGGAAUCCUGCCACCGACGGGAAUCUUGCCACCGACGGGAAUCCUGCCACCGACGGGAAUCUUGCCACCGACGGGAAUCUUGCCACCGACGGUAGUCUUGCCUUCGACGCCGGCUUUGUGGAACUCUUGAGCACGACCAACCGGCAGAAUUUCGGGAAUAUCGGUUCCUGCAUAACAGGAGGAGAAACAGGGACAUGCGGCCCCAUCAGCCAAUGCCCGUCGUAUGUUCCCCUUCUGAGUCAACUGCGAAACCGCGCCGUGCUCAGUUUUCUCCGGAGAAGAAUCUGCAGGCUAUUUACAAACACCGUAUACCUAUGCUGCCCAAACAACGGAGGUUCCAGUUCAACGGCUUUUCCACAACCACAACCUCAGCCACAGCCACUACCACAACCUCAGCCACAACCACAACCGUCCAGUAUUCUCCCCUCUAGUAGUGAGUGUGGCAUAUCGUCUACUAUCCGUGUCACGGGAGGAACAGAAAUACCCAUCGGGAGUCACCCGUGGCUGGCGGCCGUGGGUAUGCGUCUCACGGAUGGCCGCUUCUUCGCCAACUGCGGGGGCACGCUCAUAUCCCGCCGCCACGUGCUCACGGCCGCCCACUGCUUCGACAACCCUGGCAUCGUCGAUCCGUCCAUCGUGAUCCUGGGCGACCACAACCUGCAGACGACCGCCGACGGAGCGACCCCUCAGGAAUUCCGCAUCGCAGGCCGUCGCGGCAACGGAUACAACCGGCGAACCAGCGAGAACGACAUCAUGAUUCUCAUUCUGGAUCGGGACGCCUUUAUUAAUGAUGACGUUCGCCCUGCGUGUCUCCCUUUCAAUGACCCGAACAGAGAUUACCUGAACAGGAAUCUGCUCGUGGUUGGCUGGGGGAGGACGGCAUUCGAGAACCGCAGGACGUCGCCGGUGCCCAAUGAGGCUUACGUGCCCGUUGUGGACACAAAUCAAUGCAGAGUAUAUUACCGCAACGUCGAGACCCGGCCUGUGGUGGACAGUCGGCAUAUCUGCGCUGGAACAGGAGGGCAGGACGCGUGCAAUGGUGACAGCGGAGGCCCUCUGCUCUACGUGGACAACUCCAGUGAUCAGUAUUACGUCGUCGGGGUUGUGUCCUUUGGGGUGAAGUGUGCCUUGCCCGAGUUCCCUGGCGUCUACACAAAAGUCGGCCAUUUCUUAGGCUGGAUCAGAAACGUGGUCGAGAGUACGUAAACAGGAGUCUCUGCAGUCUUCAUGUUUCACCUUUUUAGGAUCUGGAUUCUUUACUGUUCUUUUUUGAAGGCUAUGGAUCUUUUUCAUUUAAUUCCAAGGACCUGAAUUCCUUAGUUUUCAAGGAUAUUUUUCUAUUAGGAUGUAGAAUGUUUUUCUCUAUCAUUUUGAGGAUCUAUUCUAUUUGUUUAUACAUGUAUGUUGAUAAGGUGUUUUCUCCAAUUGUGAGGAAAGUGGCAUUUAUAUGGAUUAUACUCAACUUGUAUAAAUAUAUUGGUUUAUCGUAAU